GUUCAAAUCCAAAACCAGUACCAACAGCAAGGCAAUGCUGCUUCCUCCAGGCCCAGCUCCAUGGCCUCUAGUCCGAAAUCUACCUCAUUUACUCAACAACAAGCCAACUUUCCGCUGGAUACAUGGCUUUAUGAAAGAAAUGAACACUGAAAUUGCAUGUAUUCAAUUGGGCAAUGUUCAUGUAAUCCCGGUGACUUCCCCAGAGAUUAGCAAAGAAUUUUUGAAGAAACAUGAUGCAGUAUUUGCAUCCAGGCCCAUUACAAAGGCGUCUGAGUAUUCAAGUGGUGGCUUCUUGACCACAGCGGUGGUGCCAUGGGGAGACCAGUGGAAGAAGAUGAGAAGGGUUCUAGCUUCUAACGUGAUUAAUCCAUCAACAUUUAGGUGGCUGCAUGACAAGAGGGUGGAAGAAGCCGACAAUCUUGUCCGAUACGUUUAUAACCAGUGUAAGAUCUCUACUAGCAAUAACUGUCUUGGCACAGUUAUCAACCUCAGAAAUACAGCCCGUCAAUAUAGCGGAAACGCCAUCAGGAAGAUGAUCCUCAACACAAGAUACUUUGGUGAAGGAAAGAAAGAUGGAGGGCCUGGAGUUGAAGAGGAACAACAUGUUGAGUCACUCUUUACCGUACUUGCUCAUCUAUAUGCGUUCUCUUUAUCUGAUUACUUCCCUUGGCUUAGAGUGCUGGACAUAGAUGGCCAUGAGAAGACUGUAAGGGAGGCUAUGAACACCAUUAACAAGUAUCAUGAUCCGAUCGAUUCAAAUGGGGAGCCACUGCUGUCUGUGGCUGAGAUCAAAGCCCAAUGCACAGAGUUGAUGCUUGCAGCAGUGGAUAAUCCAUCAAAUGCAAUUGAGUGGGCAUUGGCAGAAAUGAUCAAUCAACCAAGGGUUUUGGGGGAAGCAGUGGAGGAAAUAGAUAGAGUGGUUGGAAAGGAGAGAUUGGCCCAGGAAUCCGACUUUCAGCAGCUAAACUAUGUUAAGGCCUGCAUAAAGGAAGCUUUCCGGCUUCACCCAAUUGCACCAUUUAAUCUUCCCCAUGUAUCCAAUGCCGAUGCCAUUGUUGCUGGCUACUUCAUCCCCAAAGGCAGUCAUGUCCUUCUCAGCCGUCUGGGGCUUGGCCGGAACCCUAGAAUCUGGGAAGAACCACUAAUUUUCAAUCCAGAGCGCCAUCUGAGUGCUAGUAGAGCUCAAGGAGUGGAUUUGAACGAGCAAGACCUUCGCCUCAUUUCCUUCAGUACAGGAAGGCGUGGGUGCACAGGGAUUGCAUUCGGGUCUGCAAUGACUGUGAUGCUAUUGGUAAGGCUCCUUCAAGGCUUCACUUGGAGUCCGCCACCGGGCCAAGAGGAGAUUGAUCUCUCAGAGUCAAGAAAUAAUCUCUUUCUAGCAAAACCUCUGCAUGCCCUAGCAAAACCACGUCUGCAUUCAUCAUUAUACCCACUUCAUUAAUUAGUACUUUAUGAGGCACCAAUAUAAUAAAAUGCAAGAUCUCAUGCAAACCUACUCCAAUUUGCAUGUGAAGCAAGAAAUGAUUGUUUGAAAAGUGUGACAUCACAGU